AUGGCAUCUACCGCUCCAUUUCCACUGAAGGAUGUUCUGUGUGUUGCUCGUAUUCAUCCUUUCUAUACUCGAGCAACCAAGUAUCCACCCAGCGACGACAAAAUUCUUGCGGCUCAGAAACAUGCCGACGAGAUAGCGCCAGACCUGGAAGCACACCAACUGACCUGGAAGAGCGAUCUUUACAAAUCAAUCAGGCGACUUGUGCACGACACCAGCCCCGAGAACCACUUCCGCCGCCGUUCGUACAUCAGCAACACCGGUGGGGGCUCAGGAUCUUCCCCUCUAUUCUUCACCACUGAUGUGCAUGAGAACCGGCACGCUAGGUCGCUUUUUGGCAGCUUGAUUCGUCGUGCUGGCUUGAUAGGAGACACAGACUUUGUCGUUACAACGCAUGCUAGUGGGAAACUGUACAGGUCGCUAGACCUCAUGACCGAGAUUUUUGAAUCUGCAGGGGCAUCUGUCCUCACUGCCGGACACAUCUUGGCACCAAAAGAUGUAGUGGAACUAAUUAUAAAGUACCACGCCAAUGUUCUUUCCGGCGACGCAAGCCAAAUCGUUUCUGUUGUCUAUUAUGUAGCCACUCUCCCAAAAGAGAGAUCCGUCGGUCUACAUCUUGAUAAAAUCAUAUACACGUCGUCAGGGCUGACUCCAUUCCAACGAUCAGAAAUCCUCCUUGUUUUUCCAAAAGUCCAAAUCUAUUCCAUUUUAGGCAGCGCAGAAGCAGGUCCGUAUGCAUUCAGUUGCUCGCAUCUGCUGAGUAGUAAUUGGGCCAAUCUAUCGCACGAGGACUUCAUCUACGUUACCCGACAGAUGAGGAUUGAAAUUCUCCCCGCUUCAACGACAGAGCAGGAGGCCACACCUGAACCGCUAUGCGACGGCGAGAAAGGGAUCAUCGCGCAAACCUCCCUGAUGCGCUUGCGCAAUCCGCUCGUACGAUAUGUCACAGGCGACGUUGGUUCUCUACAUCACGUCGCAGGUAACGUUCGGAAAGCUAUUCCCUGUCUGAACGAGACGCAUUUCCGUGUUCUUCGUUUGCAGGGUAGAGACCAUCGAUUCAGUUUUGAAUGGGAUGGGGAGUAUUUCGAGUUCAGCAACGUCAGUGAUCUCAUGAAUGAUCCGAAGUCUGGAGUUCUGCAGUGGCAGGUUCUACUUGAUAAGAUGGAGGGCUCAGAGGAAGAGUUCUUGGAGGUGCGUGUCGUACGCGCGCUUUCCGCAGACCAAAAUGGUACAAAUAUUCAUUCUCGAGAGAAGCUUACGCGUACGAUUGAGAUUUUCUUUCAUAUCUACAAGCACAAUCGCCAUCGGUUCAACUUGGCAUUUAUGGAUAAUGAUAAUGCGUUCCAAAGGAGCGGAACAGGGAGGAAGAUUAUCAAGUUCAUCAACAACUUUAACUAG